AGGGGGGUAUUUUUAGCGGAAUUUUGAGAAUCCGGCUUCCAACCCGUGAGGUUGAAGAGACCGUUUUCUUUCCCUUAUUAUUUACCGUAGCAAAUGCAAUAUAUCUAUCUGAACCAAGAGGGCUGCUUGUUAGAAGUUAAGGUGUUCUCCUCGUGAGUGCUGGAGACGGCGUACCGUUAGCUAUAAUAAUUAACCAGCAUAACUAUUUGGUCAUACCAAGCGAGAGUAGCCCUUGGAAGGUGCAGCGAGAAUAUUCACCAUAAACACAAUAUUAUACCAAUCUAAGGAAGACACAACUCGCAAAAUAUUGCAUAGUUGAUCAUUAGAGAAUCUACUCUAACAUUCCGUAUGUUGCACGUAGGUAGUAAUGUAUGCAAUCUAUGUUGAAAGGACCUCACAGUGAAAUGAAUUAACGGUUAGGUUAACAGCACACUAUCCUCUAUCUUCACAUAUUGGCUACUGCCGGUAGGACAGUGCAGCAGUCAGCUCAAAGAAAUUAGUUUCAUGUAGAGACUUUAGAUAUGAGUUCUGUAGAUGUCCAGCUUCGAGAUGCGAGUCAAAAGAAGGUGACAUAUUGUGAGCUUUUCGGGAUCAUUCUGGGUAUCAACCAGGAGGGUUCCGGAUCAGAGACCUGAGAGGCUGGUUAUCAUAUUAGCACGCUGGUAAAAAUAGGGAACCAGAAUUAUCAAGGUAACUAGUUACCGUAGCUAGCUACCUAAGUUUUAUAUAACCAAAGCAUUAUCGUAGUGCCGCCAAUAUCUGAAAUCUUGACAUCCGGUUAUUGCUUGUCUUUUGGGGGAGUUGGUUGAAAAGCUGAAAUCUCAAACCCCCUAGCCUAUAACCAAACACAGCUACUAAAUAGUUACUAGUUAACUAGCCAAUUACAACUAGUUAAAGUUAACUAGUUAAUAGUGGUAUUGAAUAAUUUAGUUCAUUGGUUGGUUUAGUUAUCAGAUGGCCCAGCAAGUUACACCUCAAGCCAACGGACAUCCACGGGUGGGAUGGUCAAAUUCAAGCUAUCAAACUGGCAAAAUGGACAAGGAGAACCAACCAGAGCAGCAGCAGCAGCAGCAAAGGAGAGCAGACGAAGAAGAAGUGGAAGAAGAAUGGAGUGGUGCCUUUGAUCCGUUCGCUGACCCAGAGGAGCGGAGGGUACUGUUUGCCUCUCUGGACUCCUUCAGGUAGGCAUUCUACUUGAAAUCGACAGCCUGUGUAUAAUUGCUAAUGCUACAGAUAGACAAUACCGCCGCUCUGCGCAUCGAAACGUCACUCAUAGACGGCGACAGUCGUUCUACGCUCUGCCCUCGCUGCACUGGAAAACCCUUGCCGCGCCACCCUUCAACCUGCUUGAGACGUUCAACAAGGUGGACGAUGCAAUUGAUGCCAAUGCAGAGGUAGCCGAGGCCAUCCUCGACUCGGCCGUGGAGGCAUUUCAGCUUCCCCGGCAUCCCCAGGCCGAGGAUAACGCAAAGGAAGGUCAUGGAAGAGAUGUAUCAUGGCAUGACACUGCUACUUCGUCAGACGUGAGCAAGGCCAACUCUACGAUCCGCCAGCUAUACCGGGACUGGAGUGAAGGUGGUGCGGUAGAAAGAGAGAUAUGCUACGGUCCUGUCAUGCGAGACCUGCAAGGUGAGUUUGGAGAGAAGCCUGCGCAGGGCACCAGGGUGUUGAUUCCGGGGGCUGGACUGGGUAGGCUGGUCUUUGAUGUUGCGAUGGCCGGCUUCGAUGCAGAAGGGAAUGAAAUCUCGUACCAUCAGCUGGUGACAAGUAGCUGGGUACUGAACCGGACUAAAUGCAAGGAAGAGUGUGCUAUAUACCCCUUUGUACUGCAUUUUUCGAACCUGCGGACUCGCGAGCAACAGUUCAAGAAGGUCCUUGUACCGGAUGUUCAUCCUGGAUCCGCAGUCAGAGGAUACGAGGUUGACGUUGCAGACAACGAAGGCAGCCGGAAGGAGACGAAGAAGAUGACGGGCUCGAUGAGCAUGACAGCUGCGGAUUUUCUGUUACUGUACAAUGAGGAGUCGAACAGAGAGGCCUUCCAUGCCGUGGCUACGGUGUUCUUCAUUGACACUGCGCCAAAUCUGAUACGGUACAUCCAGACGGUGCACCACUGUCUACGGACAGGAGGCAUCUGGAGCAAUGUUGGCCCUCUACUGUGGCAUUUUGAGGACAGACCAGCUCCGGCUGCUACUACUACUGCUGCUGCUGGUGAUAGUGGUAAGGUGACAGAGGAUGCAGCCGCUUCUGCCCAUGCCCCGGGUGACGAUGAUCUCGAGAGGGAGUAUAGCCAUGGUCACAGCCACAACCAUGGCCAUAGCCAUAGCCACCACGGCCGAGGGCACAGCCAGGGAGAGGGAAUAGCGGACCCUGGAGUCGUAGAACUUUCGCAGGAUGAAGUGCUGGCGCUGAUAGAGAAGAUGGGCUUUGCCGUAGAGAAGUUCGAGGAGGACAUAGGGGGCUGCGGCUACAUCCAGGACCCCGACAGCAUGCUCUUCAACACCUACAAACCGGUGCAUUGGGUUGUUAGAAAGAAAUGAAUCAACAAUUUCGAUGCCUUCUUCUCCUUCCCACUAUAUCGAUAUAAAAUAUAUCUAGAUCGACCGUCUUUAUAGGCAUCGUGUGUUAUAUGG